AUGGCCGCUCAGUCUACGCUUCGGUCCCGACAGGAUCCCCUCGUUGCGCUAUUCGUCUCCUAUACCGAACGGUUUCGCUCCCGGAUCAAGCGUUCAUCCAAGACAGCCAGACUCGUCGCCACGAUCGCACUGUUUCUUUCCAUCAUAGGGAGUGGAUAUGGAGGUUAUAACUGGUUCCGGAAAAGGGCAAGGGAUCGUGCCCAAGGCAGACGGUUGCUACGCCGGAACUCUGGCAUCAGGGGAAAGGAUGGAUCGCGUACCAUUUAUGUGCCGUAUAAGGGGUCUAUGACGUCGAAGGUUAAGAUAAACCCGACGAAGCCUACAACAUUCGAUGCGCAUCGAAGACUGUUUCUCAACCCCCCGGCUGCUGCUGGCGUUGGAGAUGGAGAAUCUGCGUCCCAGAUUCCACCACCGACGACGAAACCCGGGCUGAACCUGGCAUUUCUGCACCAGUUUCUCAGCCUCGGUAGUAUCAUGGUGCCCCGAUGGGGUAGCAAAGAAACAGGGCUUUUGAUGAGCCAUGGUGUGUUUCUAUUACUGAGAACAUAUCUGUCGCUUUUAAUCGCUAGAUUAGAUGGUGAGCUUGUGAGGGAUCUCGUUGCGGGCAAAGGACGGGCCUUGACAUGGGGUAUCCUCAAAUGGUGUGGAAUCGGGACUCUUGCCUCUUAUACCAACGCCAUGAUUAAAUUCCUCCAGUCAAAGGUGUCCAUCGCCUUCCGAACUCGACUUACCAGAUACGUUCACGAUCUCUAUCUCACGGACAAUAACAAUUACUAUAAAUUAAUGAACUUGGAUGGUGGUAUUGAGCAAGGAGCAGAUCAGUUUAUCACGCAGGACCUCACACUUUUCUGCUCGGCAUCUGCAGCUCUUUAUUCUUCCAUGGGAAAGCCUUUGGUUGAUCUUUUCGUGUUCAAUUACCAGCUCUACCGCUCGCUGGGACCUUUGGCUCUGACUGGAAUUCUCACCGGUUAUUUCAGCACAGCAAUCGUCCUUAGGAAGCUGUCACCUCCGUUUGGAAAACUCAAGGCUGUCGAGGGCAAGAGAGAAGGUGACUUUAGAGGUCUGCAUUCCAGAUUGCUUGCCAACGCUGAAGAGAUUUCCUUCUAUGGCGGUGCAGAUAUUGAACGGGUAUUCCUUAUGAGAAGCUUUAAGGAACUCCAAAGGUGGAUGGAAGGAAUUUACAGUCUCAAGAUCCGCUACAAUAUCUUGGAAGAUAUCAUAUUGAAGUACGCUUGGUCCGCCUUUGGCUACCUCAUUACUUCCUUGCCUGUUUUCCUCCCUGCCUGGGGAGGUGUAGGUGGCGCCAUGGAGUUGGCCGAUGCAUCUGAGGAUACGGGUCGUGAACGGGGCCGUAUGAAGGAAUUCAUCACGAACAAACGCUUGAUGCUGUCGCUAGCAGAUGCCGGUGGUCGGAUGAUGUACAGUAUCAAGGAUAUUUCGGAAUUGGCAGGAUACACCUCGCGGGUGUAUACGCUCAUCUCAACGCUUCACAGGGUUCAUGCCAACGCUUAUUACCCUCCUCCUGGAUCUCACCCUGAACUAUACUCUCUGGCCGAUGCACAGGGAACCAUUCACAAUGGAUUUGACGGAGUCCGUCUUGAGCAGGUCCCGAUUGCUGCUCCGUCACUCUACCCCCUUGGAGGCGAUGAGCUCGUCGAAUCUUUAUCGUUUAUUGUACACUCUGGUGACCACCUCCUCAUCUCUGGGUCAAAUGGUGUUGGAAAGUCCGCAAUCCCUCGAAUCAUCGCCGGUCUGUGGCCAGUGUAUCGGGGUCUGGUCAGUCGACCCAGAGGAUUUGGACUCGACGGCAUCAUGUUCCUUCCCCAGCGCCCCUAUCUCAGCGUGGGCACCCUCCGCGAUCAAGUUAUCUACCCUCACACCGAGAUAGAUAUGCACGAGAGAGGCGAAACAGACGCCAAUCUGCAAAAGGUUCUGGAUGAUGCCCACCUGGGCUAUCUCCCGGCUCGUGAAGGUGGAUGGAACUCUCGCAAGGAGUGGAAAGACGUUUUCAGUGGUGGAGAGAAACAGCGAAUGGCCAUCGCUCGACUUCUAUACCACGAACCUCGCUACGCUUUCCUUGACGAAGGAACCUCCGCGGUGUCUUCCGACGUCGAGGGAUUGCUCUAUGAACGGGCAAAGGAGAAGGGAAUAACCCUGAUUACGAUAUCAACGCGCGCGUCUUUGAAGAAAUACCACACCUACAACCUCACGCUGGGCCUUGGAGUUGAAGGAGAACAGUGGGAGUUUGAAAGAAUUGGCACAGAGAAAGAGAAGAUGGGCGUUGAGAAGGAGCUGCAAGAACUGCGCAAGCGGUUGGACAAGGUGGAUGAGUGGAAGCAACGCCGGGAGGAGAUUGAUAAGGAGUUGCAUAAGGUCUGGGUUGAGGAGGGUGAACUUUCUCCGCCGUCGUAUGAGGAAUCUGUAUCAGAGGAAGGGCGAAUCAUGGAAGACUCCGAAGAGGACGACAAUAUCAUCAUAAUCCCCAUUGAUCAGUCGUUUAGUGAUGGGGAUCAGGAAAGAUGGCCUACUGAAGAACGAUGGGCGUUGUCAGAUGAUCGCAGCUGGCGGAUAUUGCUCGCGAAGCAGUGGUUGGAGGAGAUUGGGGCUUAUGAACAGGGAGCGGUGUACUCGCUGGAUCGGUUGCCAGAAGGUUACGCAUUGCUAGAUAGACCACGCAAGACGAACCCUGAUAUGGUAAAAGGAACACCCGACGUGUAUAAAAUGGCCAUCAUGAAGCUCAGAGCAACUGGGAGAUUGGACCAGGAGAUUACAGAGCCAGAGAGCAUAGAUUGGCGAGCAGAGAAAACAAGACUGGAAGAAUAUUUAGAGAAGCUGAAUAUGCAGCCUUCUUAUAUCCCUCGGGCAGGUGAGAUUGUACUUUGGGUGCCUCUUCUCGACGGCGAGUUGGUUUGGAAUCCAGAAAGCAAGCGCCCGCAGAUAUACUCUCCUGAUGAAGACCGAUGGCUGGGCGACCCCAAAUGGCGUGCAGGUUGCAUCAAGCCAUUCAACGCCUUCGAGCUCUUUUUGCAGGGCACCCCGCGAGAAAAGCUGCAUCCAUCGAUUGAAUAUGCCUUGACGGUCAUGUCUUCCUUCAGCCUGCUGGACAGAUAUCAUAUCAAAGGAACUUGGCCCGACGCGAGGAUCUACUGCCGAGGUAUCUUUCUUGGAGCGGAACUGUUGGUUGUUGGUGAUGCCGUUCGUUUGAAACCAGAUCGCUACAAAGCAGACAGCUCCCGGCUGGCAAAUGUAACAGACGUCAUGAUCAUCGAUGAGAUUCAGCUCCAACUCGUGCAAUGUGUUGAUGAUGCCAAGUCGGAACAACUAGCAGAAAACUAUCGAGUCCGCCUCAAAGGCAAAGUUUACACCACCAACUCCCUUCGCGCUUAUAUGAAAGGAGACAAGAUGCAGCCACUGCACGCCUUGACACAUGACGAGGUCGUCAGUGCAUUCCAACAGGUUGGCAUGAGCGGAUAUGGCGAAUGGUACAGUGUCUAUUCAGGCAAAACGGUAGUCAUCUCACAAGAUAUGAUUAUCGGCCGAUGCUAUGAACCGGAUGCCAUGCAGCUGCUAUUCGGAUCCCUCUCUCUCGGCAACGAACUACCCGGCGUAAUAAUCGGAAGAGAAUACUCACGAAAAACCGACGAACGGAUCCCCGAAGGCAAACAUUGGUUCUGGGGCGACUACCGGACCCAAACACUAGCGAUCGACUCUCUCAACGGAGAAGACGUCGGCCAGUACAGCGAAGCGCGUAAUCUCAAAAUGUGGCGAGCAAACCUCAAAGUCAUGGAUGGUAUCGCAACCCCAGCCGAGCUCCGAGAUGCCAGGAUCCCUGGCGACAUCGGACGACCAGUCGUCAAGUCGAAAUCCACCUUUGCCGAGGUUCGCAAGACCAGCAAACUCGUCGCUACCGGGCUAGGCGGGGACGCGAGCAAUGUCCGAGCGAGAAUCGAAGCGGACGAAGUUUGGCUGAUCUGA